AUGGACUUCCUUCUCUGCAUGGAAGACCCCAUGGAGAUUCUCGAGGGCACCCUCCACAUUGACAUCCACGCCAAACAUGUUCAGGACGUGGACGAUGGCCUAUCCGUGAUUGGUUACCUCGAUGACUGGAACAAAAACAAGGCUCAACUCCAGACCGCUCCUCAGACCAUUGAGACCAUCACUCACGAGAGGAACAGUUUAAACUGGGACCUACAGUCCGUUUGUGACGAAUUGGAGGCAAUGAAGGCCGCCCAAGAGGCAGCCGCUGCUAUGUCAGAGUUGGCUACAAACGUUAGGCCCAUUCCGAUGCUCACAGUGGACGUCCCUACAGGUCCACCGGGCCAGAAACGGGUCAGCGCUACUACACUACUCAGUCCCUCGUCUCGUCCCAUUGCUCCACCAGCAACGGCCACUGGGGUCCGCCCGACUCGCCUUCCAGAAUAUUAA